AUGUUGCAACGUCACGGUUCCCAAAAGGAGAAGCUGGAGGCGGAGAGGAGAGAGAGGCUCCGUGUCGACAGGUACGGUACAAUGAGAGACGCAAGUCAUUACACAACGGAAAGAAAUUCUUCAACGGGACGGCCGUCGACGCCUCAGGCUCCGUUGAAUGACAGAUGGCCCCGCCCACUCCCAGAAAAGGAAGAACGGCAGAGACAAAUGGCAGAGAUGUGUGUGCCGGCGCCUUCCGCACGAGAGCCCGUGACACAAUCAUUUGCCCUCUCUGGAGCCGAUCGGAACGCAUCAUCGACCACGCCAUCCUCAGUGGAGUCAUGCACCACUAGUGAUUUUCGUCUGGUUGAGCAGGAACUGAAGGAACUUCUGAGUGGGUACCACCAACUUGUCAACACCGCGCGUGGUUACCGUCAGUCAAAAGAAGAAAACAUCAAAGCUUCUUCUCCCUUAGACGAAGCUGCUCAAAAGGCAGGCGACAGUAGUGUUGUGAAUAAGGGUGUGAGUAACAUUGCAGCGCGAAACAAUAAUAACGGUGGAGAUGUCCAUGAUAGCCUCCAAGUCCAUCAUUCUGUCUCUUCACUUCCUGUUUCUAGCGUGCAUGGAGAACGUUCAACGGAUGUUAACACCCCUACGCCAUGUGUUCAUUUGCCACAGCACAUUAUUUCCACGAGGAAUACGGUUGGAGAAAGUGAAAAUGCCGUACGCAUUGCCGCAUCGUAUGCAACAAACCCCUCCGCUCGUGUGACGUCUCCUGUGGAUCUUUUUGCGGAUGCGCUUACGGAGGAUCAACUUAGUCGAUCCCUUGAGAUGCAGCUGCAGCGAGAGCAACAGAUGCAGUUGCUUUGUCAGCACCUCCAACCGAAUCUCUUGUCACGUGAAGUAACACCAAAUAAUCCGAACACGACGAUUCGUGUAUUUUCCACCCCGACCGUUGAUGAUGACACGGGAUAUCUUGCCAUGCGGCGUGAAGCGGGUUCCCCGGUGCCGCCUUUUAUGAACCGAGAUUGCGUCAACCUGGAUAGCGCCAGAGAUGUCAUGACGGCAUAUCGUGGAUCGUACGACAGCCGUGUCUAUGCAGCCUAUCGGUAUCAGGAUCACCUUGGCGCCCAUGGCAAGCCGUCGACAGCGGAUGUCAGCAGAAGCAAAGAAAUCACUGAAGUCGGGCUGGGGGAUACACGGAACACAUCGUGUCUUUUGGGAUCUGAUCAACGUAAUGAGGAGUUGGGUGGUGGUCUUCAUCCAAAAGACGAAUUUACAUCUCUUGAUCAUCUUUUAGUCCAUUCAAAAGGCAAAUCAACAAAAAAAUUGCAAACUCGGCGGGUUACGUCGCGCCGUCGUCGGGAGGUUGUGGAUAGCACAACACCAGAAAUUGCCACAAGCGCACGGCACACGGAGGAUCCCUCCAUGCGCAGUGGUGCCACGGGUGGUAAUAGGGCACAAAAAUUUGGAGCGACAAAAAAAUCAGCAACCUUUUGGCACGCUUCAGUGAACAUGAAGCAUACCCCUGUAGAGCACAGGAGGGAGUUGGAGGUUACGGGUGAUGGAUAUGGGACUGGUGGCGGUGAGAAAAGGGCAUCGACGGACUUGUCUCCGGAGGCAGCUUUGGGAGGUGUGAUGGUAACUAAUGGCAUGGAUAGAAGGAAACAAGAACAAAAACAACAACAGCAAAAAGAGCAUCAACAACAACAGAAAUUACGCUCCCGUUAUCGCUACCGUCAUGAUUAUAAAACCAAUGAGAACUAUGCUUUGAAUCGUCAUGCAAACGCGGCCACUCGCUUUCAUGAAAUGGUGGAACGUCACGUGGCAGCUUUUGAGGGAGGCAGUCAAUCCUCGUCCUCUUUGCUGCCGGCCUUUGUGGAUUCUUUGGUCGGUGCCGCCAUCACGGACUUUUGUCCUGCGGUAAAGCGACGUCAAGCUCGACUAAAGGAAUCCCAGCACGCAGAGGCAGCGGCGGCAGCAGCAGCGGAUGCGUCCCUGACACGCAAUACGUACCGCGGUAGUAUUGGGACAGUUACUCCCACGUCUAGCAUUGCACAUACACCCAACACCAACGUGCGAAGCUCGUGGGAUUCACAAGGCCACCGAAAUCCCCACCCCAAUGCACGCUUAUAUCAGGCGGUGGGACGUGAUGAGCCUGCUUUAGGAGCAACUUGUGUGAAACAACAACAAGUGCAACGAUGUGAACGGCUCUCUCGUCGUGCGGGACACGCCGCACAAUAUAUCCAAUAA